CCGCUUAAAUUAAUAAUACCAUUGAUAAUCUGUGGAUAUUUGUCUGGUAUUGGCUUCAUCCUGCUGUGGUAUGUAUGGCAUCCAAUGCAAAGAACACAGGAUCUUGGCGCCAAUUGGCUGAUUGUAGUGUUGCUGAUGUUGCUGUGCAUAACGCUGCUUUUCAGUCAACCCGUACGUUGUAUUUUUGUGCUGGCCUUGCCUUCCUUGGGCAGCUCACGGGGACGCGCUCUUCUCAUAACAUUGGCCUUCUUUGUGGCUGCUCUUGGACCCACAGCGAAUAUUAUGACCAAUUUGAAGGUAUUGCUGCGCAGUCUCGGUUGUGGCCAGGAACUGUUGCGUCAGGCAAUUGGACAGAUGAUGGAUGUGGUUCUGGAGCCAAUUAAAGCCGUUCAGCUGGCCAUUGAACUGCUCUUGGAUGAAGUGCGUCGUGUGCUGCGUUUGGUUAUGGAUCUCCUGAUACACAUUCAGGGAUUUAUCCUCUACUUCAUUGAUACAAUCCAGAAUUGCACUGUCUGGUUAAAGUCUGUGCUCGAUCUCUGCAAUUCCCAACUGGGCACACCCUGGGAACGUUGCCAGAAGUCAGCUCAACGGGCCAUGGUCAAGUGUCGUGACAAUUUGGGAUUCAUCAAAUACAUCUGCAAUGCCACAAAAUUGUUCCUUGCACUUUGUUCUCCUGCUAGGUUGGUGGAUGUGUUUUGCAUUGGUUUCUGGGAACACAGCUGGGAUUUUCUGGACACACUUCUAGAUCGCUAUUAUGAUUUUGUCGCUGAUCUGGAGCAAAUGUUUGAUGCCAGCAUCAGUUUCGAUCAUGACUUUUAUUUUCAUACAAAUGCUUCGAAGAAUCUCUCGGAUGUGGGAGAACAGAUUAUUCAGGAUGUUACCCAAAGUCUCCGUCCAUUUACUAUAGUUCAAAGCUGGUUGGAUCUUCUCUGUUGGCUAAUGCUUCUCUCUGUUUUUAUCAAUGCUACCUUUUUCUACUUCCAUUAUAUGCUGAGUCAUCACUAUCAGAAUGUCUACUUGACGAGCACUUUCUAUGUCAUCGAUAGACAACUCCAAUUUCAGGGGAAAUCCACAGUGUUGCCCCUGAAGCGCUUGGAACGUGGCAAGUACUUAAAUCUGACUAGUCUGCGUCUCACCACCUCCGAGUGUCUUCUGAUGGCGGAACAUGCUUUCUUUUUGUUCAUCAGCUGCCUGCAAUUGUUUAUCAUUUGCUGUGUGGAUUAUAGCCUCUUUUGGCUGCUGGCCAGCAUCUCCUAUUAUGGCCAUAAGCAGGACGAUCUGGAGGUGCCUGCCUAUAUAGAUCUGGAGAUCAAGGGUGGCGGAUUUGUCGGUGACAUCAUGCGAGGCAUUGCCCAAGCUUUUCGUCCUUUAACACAGAAAAGGACCUUGGACACAAAGGCAUGUCUGCCGCUGCCUGUGGAGCCUUUGUAUAGACAUUACCUGGAGAUUCUGGUACUGUGUCUUUUCGCCUGGUUGAUACUCCUCACAGAGCCUUAUAUGUUGCGUCUGCGUCAUUUGAUCAUGCAGAGAUUCUAUCCGGAACGUGCUUAUGUAAGGGCUCUACAUCUGCAUGAUAAAAUUUUUCAGGAGAGAGCUAGUUUCUUCAAGUUUGCACGUCGCAAGGCGAGAGCUGUCUUCAAGUAUCAGGAGAAAGGGAAUCCCAACUGGCUGAGAAGAAAGCUAUGCUGCUGUUGCUGCCUCUUUGGUGACCUUCGGGAAGAUGUGUGCAUCAUAUGCGCCAAGUUGUUGAGCUCCUCAACCCGCAUUAACUGUGAUUCUCCCGGCUGCAAGGGCGUUUACUGCAAGAUCUGCUUCAGUGAGUCCAACAACAAAUGUUGCCUCUGCAAGCGUCCCAUUGAUAGUGAGACUCUUCUGACGAUCCUGAUGCAGAAUCCUUUGGACAAAAGCAAGCUAGACUUUAUUGUGGCAAUAGAUCAGGAAGCUCAAGGCAACAAGCAGAGACACUAUUUUGAUAAUGGACACAAUAGUAUUUAUUUGGUAUCGAUAUCAAAUUUAAAGUUUAAGGCGACACUUCAACCGUACUUACAUUUUAGCAAACAUUACUCAAAUAAUUACAGGAAACAGUGAAAAACUUAGCCAAAGGCUUUUACGGCCAGAGAUUUUAUAUA